AAGCCUGAGAAGCUGGACAAGCCGGAAAGCUGCGACAAUGUCAAGGUGGUUGUUCGCUGCCGGCCUCUCAAUGACCGUGAGAAAGCUACGGGCUACAAAAUGUCAGUGAAUGUGGAUGAGAUGAGGGGAACUAUAACUGUUCAUAAAACAGACUCAUCCAAUGAGCCUCCUAAGACGUUCACAUUUGACACAGUGUUUGGACCGGAGAGUAAACAGCUGGAUGUCUAUAAUUUAACAGCAAGACCUAUUAUAGAUUCUGUCUUAGAGGGAUACAAUGGUACUAUUUUUGCAUAUGGGCAGACUGGAACAGGCAAAACCUUCACCAUGGAAGGGGUCCGAGCAGUUCCUGAGCUCAGAGGCAUCAUUCCAAAUUCCUUUGCCCAUAUAUUUGGUCAUAUUGCCAAGGCAGAGGGGGAUACAAGGUUUUUAGUUCGUGUCUCUUAUCUGGAAAUUUACAAUGAGGAAGUGCGGGACCUACUGGGAAAGGACCAAACACAGAGGUUAGAGGUGAAAGAGAGACCUGAUGUGGGAGUUUAUAUCAAAGACCUUUCAGCUUAUGUUGUAAACAAUGCAGAUGAUAUGGACAGAAUCAUGACCCUGGGCCACAAGAACCGUUCUGUUGGUGCCACAAACAUGAACGAGCACAGCUCUCGCUCUCACGCCAUCUUCACCAUCACCAUUGAGUGCAGUGAGAAGGGGGUCGAUGGGAACAUGCAUGUGCGCAUGGGCAAACUGCACCUCGUUGACCUUGCUGGUUCUGAAAGACAGACAAAAACUGGAGCCACAGGGCAGAGACUGAAGGAAGCCACUAAGAUCAACCUCUCUCUCUCCACACUGGGCAAUGUUAUCUCUGCACUGGUGGAUGGCAAGAGCACCCACGUGCCCUACCGUAACUCCAAACUCACACGGCUGCUUCAGGACUCCCUGGGGGGCAACUCCAAAACCAUGAUGUGUGCAAACAUCGGACCAGCAGACUACAACUAUGAUGAGACCAUCAGCACUCUCAGGUAUGCAAACAGAGCCAAGAACAUAAAGAACAAGGCCAGGAUUAAUGAGGAUCCCAAGGAUGCUAUGCUCCGCCAGUUCCAGAAAGAAAUUGAAGAGCUUAAGAGAAAACUGGAAGAAGGGGAAGAGAUCUCUGGUUCUGAAACCAGCGAUUCUGAAGAGGAGGAUGAAGAUGGGGAGAUUGGAGAAGAGAAGCGGAAGAAACGGCGGGGCAGUAGCAGCAGCAGUAGUUCAGACUCCACAUGCUCUGUCAUAGAGAAACCUCUGGAUAAGUCCUUCACUAAUCAAGCAGGCAAAAAGAAAGUUUCCCCUGAUAAGAUGGUAGAGAUGCAAGCAAAGAUUGAAGAGGAGAGAAAAGCUCUUGAAACUAAGCUUGAUAUGGAAGAAGAAGAAAGAAAUAAAGCCAGAGCUGAACUGGAGAAGAGAGAAAAAGACUUGCUCAAAGCUCAGCAAGAGCACCAGUCUCUGUUGGAGAAACUGUCUGCAUUGGAGAAAAAGGUGAUUGUGGGAGGAGUGGACUUGCUGGCAAAAGCAGAAGAGCAAGAGAAGCUUCUAGAGGAAUCAAACAUGGAACUGGAAGAACGAAGGAAGAGAGCGGAGCAGCUUCGCAAGGAGCUUGAGGAGAAGGAGCAAGAACGCUUGGACAUUGAGGAGAAGUACACCAACCUCCAGGAGGAAGCACAGGGAAAAACCAAAAAACUGAAGAAAGUUUGGACCAUGCUUAUGGCUGCAAAGUCAGAGAUGGCAGAUCUACAACAAGAGCAUCAGAGAGAGAUUGAAGGGUUGCUGGAAAACAUUCGGCAGCUGAGCAGGGAGCUUCGCCUUCAGAUUCUCAUCAUAGACAACUUCAUUCCUCAGGACUAUCAGGAAAUGAUUGAGAACUACGUUCACUGGAAUGAAGACAUAGGAGAAUGGCAGCUGAAGUGUGUUGCAUAUACAGGAAACAAUAUGAGGAAACAGACGCCUGUCCUGGAUAAAAAAGAGAAAGAUCCCUUUGAAGUGGACCUUUCCCAUGUUUACUUAGCUUACACUGAAGAAAGCUUGAGGCAAUCUCUGAUGAAGCUGGAGAGGCCAAGGACUUCAAAAGGAAGAUCCAGGCCCAAGACUGGUAGAAGGUGAAGAACUCUGGGCUAUUUAUAUGCAAUGAGGGAUUUACCCAAGGGAAGGCUUAACUUUGUGUAUGUAAACUUACUACAAGUCUUCAAACACUUGCUUAAUUUGAAGGCAAAGGACAAAAUUUUUGCAUGGUGUAGUUCAGUGUUGCCAGGUAUGACAGAACUAAGUUUAGAUCUCUUUACUAGGCUAAAUCUUGUCCAGAAAGACUUGUCUGGGGAUUUUCUGAUGUUCUUUUGCUGCACUGUCCUCUUCCAGCUCCUUGUUUUAUUUUGCUGGAUUCAGUGGUCUAGUUUAACACAGUCUGGCAUGUUGCCAGUGUAAACACUGGUACCUAGAGAGAGCUGUUGGGGGAGAUUUCAGCAUAUGCUUUCUUGUGCUUUUUGUUGGUUUUGUAUAUGGAGAAGUCAUGUUAUGUAGUUUUGAUGUGAUAUGUGGCUGGUCCCUGUCUUUCCUAGACAGCAUAAUGAUGUGUGUGUGGUGUUGUUUUUCCCUUUUCUUUCUGCUCUCCAAACAGAAAACGUUCAGCCAAGCCAGGAGCUGUUAUUGAUUCCCUGCUGCAGUAGUGUGACCUGGUCAGAAUUCCUGUAAAAAUCAGUGAGUGUAUAAGGUUUGGCCAGAAUAUGGAAUUCAAGAGAUGGCACACUUGGACAUGGCUAUAAUUUUUUAUUUAAAAAUGUAUUUUUCUUAGUUGCCUGUAUAUUGUAUGUUAUAUUAACAUAAUAUUAAACUGGUAUAUAUGAUUGAUGGAUGUGAAAUUUUGUGUAUUAAAUGUGUUAUGAAGGGAAACUUGUUGGUAAUCCUUGUUGAAAUGUAUAGAAAAUAGGGUUCUAGAUGUGUGUUUAAGUGCUUAUGUGUUAGUUCAAAGUUAAUGAAAUCCUGAAAUUAGGGCUGGUAAAUCUGACUUAUGCCCUGCUUUGCACAUAACUGGCAGCUUUCACUGUUGUUCUCUGUUGCACUGAUCUGUGUUUGAAUGUAGUUGCUGCAAACCUUUAAGAGCAUCAAAUCUUUUUAUUUAAUAUUCCUCACUGUGGCUGUUAACCCAAUCGUGUUGUGUGUUGAAUACACAGUCCUUUACCCCUUUUGCUGUACAGAGAAAAUAGAAAAAAAGGUAGGAGAAACGUGAGCCACGAAAGUCGUGAGAUUUCUGAAAAGGGACCAUGCUCUUUUUAAGUGCAGCAGAAAUCAAGGGUAUCUAAUGGUUCUUUUAUCUUUAUCAGUUUGUUGGUGAUCUGGUGGCACUGUGGAGAAUGAGACAUUGGAUAUUAAGGCAAAAGAGCUUUUUUCCUUCUUUUAAGGCUAUGUUACUUUGGAGGUUUUUUAUGUUUCAGGGCUGGAAUUUUUACGUGGGUAGUUUUGUAAUCUGAGCAGCUGAGAUGAUUUAACGAGCAUACUCUAACACCAGGACUUGGUGUUAGCCAUGGGGCUGUGAGCACUAUGAUUCUAUUUCCUCAUCCCCAGCUACAAGGCACUGGGCCACUGCCCUGCACUGAGGAUGAAUUUGACUCUCCUUUAGUAAAACAAAAUGAAUUGCCCAAUUUUCCCAGAACAAUAUCCCCUGACAUGGCUGUACUGUCUGUGUUCCUGUAUGUACUGUGUGCAUCUCUGGCUAUGCUCUGGUGAGAGGAGAACGUUUUUGGUCUCUGAUAAUUAAUAACCAUUUGUUUGGCUGCUCUUUUUAUUUGAUAUUUAUGCUGCUAAUAGACACAUAUCACUUUAAUAUGUUCCCUUUGUGUCACAGAGAAAAUCUCCUUCAGACUGCAUGUCUUUCAUAGCUCUUGACAUCAGCUGUGGGUAUCUCAGCAGCAGCUGUGCCAGGGUGAAGAGAUGAGCUGUGAUCUCAUCUUAGUGUUACAUGGAGAAUUAAAAGCUGUGAUUACUGACAGAAAUGGAGUCCUUCAAUGUGACAGAAAACAAGACAGCUCUUCAGGUGUCCUGAGUACUUGCUAGUAGACACAUCUGCUUUUACCAGAAUGUGCCUGUGAAGCACUUAAAGAAAUUAAAUGACCUUUCUUCCUGUUACAGUGGUUAAUCUGGAGGUACCUUGGGGUCUCUAACAGGUCUGUGACAGGAUCUGUAAUAGUUAAAACUGGUCUUUAAAGAUGUAUUUUGCUCUGAAGGAUCUGAUCAGUGCUAUUCUAAACAAGUUGUAAGCUUUUUCCUGGUGUUUUUAAUGGGUUAUUUUUUUCAGGAUUGUGACCUGGAAGAACCUGCUGCCCUCUCUACUGGGGGGAGUGUCACUUAAAUUCAUACAAUAUACAAAUACAAACACUGGUAUUUGUUUUUUCUAGCCUAGCAUUUACAGGUAAAUUUUCAGGUAUUUUUUGAUUGAAGCAGUAGUUGGUUAUGCCUGUGAAGAGCUGGCCUUAUUUUAAAUAUGUUUGAAUGGAGUUGGAUUAUCUCUUAUUACAUACUUCUUAGCAAAAAAUCCAGACUGAAGAUGGCUUAAAUGCUGCUUAAAGUCUUUCAUUUCUCAGUCCAAGCAGAUAGAUGCAGAGCUGUGGCCUGUAUGAGUUCCCAAAACCAGGAAUGACUUCUGCUUCCUUUUUGUGUUAUAUCUUGUGGUAACAUUUAUUGAAUGAUCUGGUUUAAUGGGAUUUAAACCAGAACCGUGCUUUCAAAAAGACUAUUGAAAAUCCUUUUACCUGACAGGUAUCAGUCACUUCAAGAUACUGCUGAGAGCUAUGACACUCUGUUUAAAAUACUUCAGUAUUUAAAAUACUUAAUGUGUAAAGGCAUAUGAUUUACAAUUAACAUAACAGUCCUGCUGCUGAAAACCUUAGUACUCUGCAUGUUUAGUGAGCCUUGAAGCAGGGGAAAACAGUAAUUGCUUGCACACCUUUAAUUGGCAGAUUAGAGAAACCAGUUAUCUCCAGUGCAAAGGCUUGGAGGACAAAUUAUUUGCUCUGUAAGAGAACUUUAAAUAAUUUGGAGCACUGUCAUGGCCAUGUGCCCUAUCAAUUUGGCUCACCUGUUAAGUGGUGUGUUUUGUUGAAGUUCUUGGAAGUUUCUUGUAACUUCUUGUAACAAACCAGGGAGUUUGGCUUGUAGAUUUACCACAUGGGCCCUCUCUACAGCCCUGCCCAUCUGUGAAUGUCUAAUGGACCCAUAAUGUGUUUUAAUAAGGAAAGGAUGUGAUUUAUGUGGACUUUUAAGAGCUUAAUACAGCCUUUCUUGUUGCAGGACAGUAUGUGCUCUCCAGUAUUUAUCAAAACUCAUAUUACAUAACAUACUCUGUGUGUGCUCAUCUUUGCAUCUUGCUAACACAAGAUUCUCCUUAUUCCAGCUCACUGACCUUAACAAUGAGAUUUUUGCUUAAUGUUGUUUAAAUGAAUUAUUUAAUAUUUAACUUGUUCCGUUAAGAGGAGGGGAAAUGGUCCUUAGUGCCUUUCACUGAUUACACUGUCUGCACAUGUCCAGCUUUUACCUUUCUCUACAGUUCUGCUUAGCCAGGCUUGUAUAGAAGGAAAAACUGCUAGGUUUUUUUAUAGUUUUUUCAUAAUUUGUCUUUGUGUUUAUUGGUUUUUCUGUUUAUUUCUAUUUCUUCUUUUAUUAAUGUAAAUUCAUUAUAUGAUGUAUUGAUAUGUAUAUAUCAAUAUUGUGUCCCUGGAGCAUACCAUGAAAUAAAAUUCUUGAUUCUUAA